ACAAUUAACUACUAGUAACUAAUAAAUUUAAUAUUUUUUAAAAAUAUAAAUUGUAAUUUUGAAAUAUAAUUUGUUCUAAAGUUCUUAUGACAACAAGUAUUUUUUUAAGAAAUAAAUACAUUUCCGUUUAUUCUUUUGCUAUUUGUUGUGAUAUUAUUUUCUUAUUUGCAUCUUAGUUUUUUCUUCCUUUCUUUUUUCUCCUUCUCUUCUCUUCUCUUCUCUUCCUUUUAAUUUAAAGUCUUAUGGUAUUUUAUCUUUACGAAAAUAACAUCAUUAAUAAUAAUAAUAUAUUUAAUAUAAUUUUAUAAUAAACUAUGGAGUAUAAAAUAUAUGCACGUCAUAUCACUAUUUUAAAAGUGAAAUAAAAAAAUUAUUUUUAAUGGGCUCAAUCUAAUAAAAAAAAGAAUAAUUUUUUAAAAAUUAUAAUGAAAGUACAAUUAGUAACAAAUCUUUGUUUAUCUAAAAUAAAAGAUAAAAUUAUGUACAUCCUAUUCUUCUUCCAUGAGUCUCUGUAUAUCUUUUUUUUUUUUUUCAAUUUUAUUUAUCAGAUUAUUCAAAUUUGAUUGUGAAAUCAGAAUAAAUAUAUUACUUUCCUUUUUAUUUAUUAAUAAAUAAAAAUUAUAAAAACUAUGGUGGAUCAAACUACUUCACUCCUCUUUGGAUCCCAUCAAAUUUCUUUGCUUUUUUCCUUUUUCCUUUUUCCUUUUUCCCCACUAUUUACUUUUCUACUCUUUUUUUUCUAGUAUAUGUUUACUUUUCCACAUUCUCCUUCAACAAUCUCACACGCCAUCCCCUCCACCCCACCCCCACGCACACUCCUCACCCACCCACGACCCCACCUCACUCUCACCCACCCCACCACCUCAAUUUCUAGGAAAUUUCCUCCACCCCAUUACCCCUAAAUUCCAUAUAAACUCAACCCACCUUCACCAUUUUCUCCUCUCAACUCACCAAUAAAGUCCACUCUUUCACAACAAAACUUCAAAUCUUUACACCAAUUCCUCACUUGGGUAUUCAACAAAACUUCAAAAAACUACACAAAACUUCAAUCCUUAUACAAUUUCAUCAUUUUGGUAUUCAAUAAAACUUCAAAAAACACAAUAAAGAUUCAAUCUUUAGACAAAUUCCUCACUUGGGUGUUCAAGAGAAGUCCAAAAACACAACAAAGAUCCAUUCUUUAUACAAAUUUCUCACUUGGGUAUACAAGAAAACAGCAAAAAUAUACAAAUUCCUCACUUGGGUAUACAACAAAACUACAAAGAACUCAUGGAGAACAACAACAACCAAUCAUCUUUCUGGCAAUUCAGUGACCAACUUCGUCUACAGAACAACAACUUAGCAAAUCUCUCUUUGAAUGAUUCAAUUUGGAGCCACAAUUAUGGUUCCAAAAGGCAAGAAGAAAGAAGAAACUUUGAUAUAAGAGUAGGUGGUGACCUCAACAACUCUGCUAUAACAAGUUCCAACAAGUCAAAUUACAAUCUUUUUAGUAAUGAUGGUUGGAAAAUUGCUGACCCAUUAACCCAAAUAGAUGGGAAAGGGGUACUUGGGGUUGGUUUAAAUGGUGGAUUUAACAAAGGGGUUUAUUCAAAUCAAGGGUUGAUGAACUUUAGUUAUAGUAAAGGUACUAAUAAUGUUGCAGUAGGUACAAAAGGGAUGAACAAGAAGUUUGGUAAAGGGGGUGUUGAAGAUGAGGUUGUUAUGUAUGGGAAUAAUAAGAGUGUAAAGAAGAAUAAUAAGAGUGUUAAAGAGGGGAAUAAGGAUGGUGGUAACAGUGAGAAACAGAAUGGUGUUGAUAAAAGGUUUAAGACUUUGCCACCAGCUGAAUCUUUGCCAAGGAAUGAGACUGUUGGUGGGUAUAUUUUUGUUUGCAACAAUGAUACUAUGGCUGAGAAUCUCAAAAGGGAACUCUUUGGCUUACCACCACGUUACAGGGACUCCGUUAGGCAAAUCACACCUGGAUUGCCUCUUUUUCUGUACAACUACUCAACCCAUCAGCUUCACGGAGUUUUUGAGGCUGCUAGCUUUGGUGGCUCAAACAUUGAUCCCUCAGCUUGGGAGGACAAGAAGAACCCUGGUGAAUCUCGCUUUCCUGCUCAGGUUCGUGUAGUGACGAGGAAAGUCUGUGAACCACUGGAAGAGGAUUCAUUCAGGCCAAUUCUUCACCAUUACGACGGCCCUAAAUUCCGCCUCGAGCUAAACGUUCCAGAGGCCAUUUCUCUUCUAGACAUUUUCGAAGAGAACAAGAACAACUAAAUGAAUGUGUAUUGUUGUUGCAUAACAGCAGCAGAAAAUGGACAAUACCAUUAGAGGAGUUUGCUGAGCCAGAGGGAGAGAACCAAGUAUUUACUACUGUAUAUAGGCACCACCAUAUAUAUAUAUAUGGAGAAACACUUUUUUUGUGUGGGGAGACAAAUAUUUACUAUAUUAUAGUAUUUUGUGUAAUCCAGCAAGAAUUUGCUGCAUAAUAAAAAGUGAAAUAUGAGUAAAACAAAGUGUUAUUUA